AGAAGGGGAGGGGGAAAGAGAGAGAGAGAGAGAGAGAGUCAGAGAGAUUGCUGAAGAGCACCAGUCAGGCAGAGGGUAUAAGAUGCUGCGUGUGUUUGUGAUCCGGGCGGACACCAUCCAGACCCCUGACCAGGACAUCACCGACGCUUACUGUGCGGUAACUUUCCAAGGUGUAAAGAAGAAAACGAAAGUCAUAAAAAACAAUCUGAAUCCUGUCUGGAAUGAGGGAUUCGAAUGGGAUUUAAAGGGAGUUCCUCUGGAUGGGAAUACUGAGCUCCACGUGGUAGUGAAGGAUCAUGAAAAAAUUAGCAGGAACAGGUUUCUGGGGGAAGUGAACACCAACUUGAAAGAUGUCCUGAACUCUCCCAACUUGGCAGCCAAUUACAACCUGACUUUACUGGACCCCAAGAAACAAAGCACUGGGGCCACCAUCAUUCUGCAGGUCUCAUACCUGCCCCCUCCGGGAGCUGCUCCACUGUACCCCUCCCCAGCCCUGAACGAGGCGACAUCAGUCACAACUACCGACACUGACACGCCAACAGACACAGGGGGUGAGGCUGAGGGUGAAGAGGACACAGAAGACUCUGUGGACCCAGGAGAGGAGGACAAGACUCCGACCCGGACACCAGGGGCUGAGCCCCCCGCUGCCCCGAAGCUCCAGCCACCGAGCUCCGGCAAGGCUCUGAGGAAACGCAAACACUCAGCCCGGCCUCUCCUUCCCAACAAACCCCAGGACUUCCAGGUCAGAGUUCGGGUGGUGGAAGGGCGUCAGUUGCCCGGUAUCAACCUCAAGCCUGUGGUCAAGGUGACGGCUGCUGGGCAGAGCAAGACCACCCGCAUCCGAAAAGGCAACAACCCAUUCUUUGACGAGACAUUUUUCUUUAACUUCUAUGAUUCUCCCAGUGAACUCUUCAAUGAGCCAAUUUUCAUCACAGUCUUCAACUCCCGUUCCAUGCGCACGGAUUCCGUCAUCGGAGAAUUUAAGCUGGAUAUUGGGGCAGUUUACUCCGAACCACGACAUGCCUUCCUCAGGAAGUGGCUCCUUCUCUGUGACCCUGAUGACCUGUCUGCUGGGGCCAAAGGCUACCUGAAGGUCAGCCUGUGUGUGCUGGCAGCCGGCGAUGAGGCUCCUCUGGAGAGAAAAGAGCUGCUGGAGGACCGUGAGGACAUUGAGACCAACUUACUGCGGCCAUCAGGGGUGGCCCUGCGUGGAGCCUACUUCACACUGAAGCUUUACCGGGCGGAGGAUCUUCCACAGAUGGAUGACGCAGUUCUGGACAGUGUGAAGCAAAUAUUUGGAUUCGACAGCAACAAGAAGAACCUGGUGGAUCCCUUUGUGGAGGUCAGCUUCGCUGGGAAGACGGUGUGCAGCAAGAUCAUGGAGAAAAAUGCCAACCCUCAAUGGAACCAAAGCCUUGUGCUGCCAAUCAGGUUUCCCUCAAUGUGUGAGAGGCUGAGAGUCCGCAUCAUCGACUGGGAUCGCUUGACUCACAACGAUGUGGUGGGGACGACCUAUCUGUGUAUGUCAAAGAUCUCAGCCUCCGGGGGAGAGAUCGAAGACGAUGCACCAGCGAGAUCCCAGGCUGUCAAUGCCCUGGAUGACGGCCUGGGUUACCUGCCAACCUUCGGCCCGUGUUUCCUGAACUUGUACGGCAGCCCCCGGGAGUUCACUGGCUUCCCCGACCCCUACGUGGAUAUGAAUCUUGGGAAGAGUGAGGGAAUGGCAUACCGAGGCCGGGUGCUGCUGGAGAUGAACACUAUGCUAACGGAGCGCACCGAGCAGAAGAUUGAAGACAUUCCAUCCGACGAUCUCUUCCGAUUAGAGAAGUUUCUGCGCCGACGGAAGUUCUACCUGUGCGCCACCUUCUACUCGGCUACCAUGCUGCAGGAUGUGGCCGAUGCCAUCCAGUUCGAGGUCAGCAUCGGUAACUACGGUAACAAGUUCGACACCACCUGCCUCCCGCUGGCCUCCACCACCCAGUACAGCCGCGCCGUGUUCGACGGCUGUCACUAUUAUUUCCUGCCCUGGGGGAACAUUAAGCCGGUGGUGGUGCUCUCGUCAUACUGGGAGGAUAUUACCCACAGGAUGGACACCCUGAAUAUGCUGCUCAACGCCGUGGAAAGGCUGGAGUUGAGCCUGGAGAUGGCCUAUCAGGCUAUGAAGAGCAAGAGAGCCUCUGGGGAGGUGUGCACCCGGGUGUCUGAGCUCCUCGACAUCGUGAUCACAGACUGCAGCGAUCAGUUACCGAUGGUGCACACGGUGCCGUCGGCAACACCGCUGGAUAAGCACACACAUCGCCUGCGGAGCACUAACCUGGAGCAGAUUGUGAUGGCUGCCGAGGCCCUGAAACACCAGGAGGGGGCUGACCUGGAGAGCGUGCUGGAGCAGGCUGAGGACUGGCUAGCCCGGCUCAGGGCACUGGCCGAAGAGCACAAGCCUGAGGAGCCUGAGAAUGAGGGCUGGGAGUACGCCUCCCUCUUUGGCUGGAAAUUCCACCUCAAACAGCGGAAAACGGACAGUUUUCGUCGCCGUCGCUGGAGACGCAGGAUGGAGCCACUGCAGAAGAGUGGAGCAGCCGCCGUCUUCGCUCUGGAGGGGGCGCUGGGCGGAGUUACUGAGGACAAGAAUGAGGAGAAAUUAGGGUCAACUACCCUCGGGGUCAACACUCCGACUGUGUCCUGUAUCUUCGACCAUGGGACUCGCUACCACCUGAGAUGUUACCUUUACCAAGCGAGAGACCUGGUAGCGAUGGAUAAGGACAGCUUCUCUGACCCCUAUGCAAUUGUCUCCUUCCUGCACCAGAGCCAAAAAACAGUGACUAUCAGAGGCUCCCUGAACCCCACCUGGGACCAGACCCUGAUCUUUUAUGAGAUAGAGAUAUUUGGGGCAAGCAGCAUCGUGGCUCAGAACCCCCCCCACAUUGUGGUGGAGAUGUACGACAGCGACACUUAUGGAGCUGAUGAGUUCAUGGGUCGGUGUAUUUGCAAGCCCUCCCUAGAACGUGACCCCCACCUGGCCUGGUUCCCCAUCACACGAGGGACGAGGGGAGCGGGCGAGCUGCUCGCUGCCUUUGAGCUCAUUCAACGAGAGAAGCGCUCCGUCCACCGAAUCCCCAGCUCCGAGGAGAAGCAUAGUACCCUGAAGGAGCUCUGCAUCCCGGAUUUCUUCUCUGAAGGGCUUCUGGAAUGGAAUGACGACUCGGACCUGCCUUACCCUCCGCCACAGCGAGAACCUAACAUCUACAUGGUGCCUCAGGGCAUAAAGCCUGUACUACAGCGCACAGCCAUUGAGAUCCUGGCCUGGGGUGUGAGGAACGUGAAGAGUUACCAGCUGGCCAGUGUGACGUCCCCCAGCCUGGUGGUGGAGUGUGGAGGUCAAAUAAUCCAGUCGUGUGUCAUCAAAAAUGCCAAAAAGAACCCGAAUUUUGACGUGUCUGUGCUCUUCAUGGAAGUGCGGCUCCCAAAGGAAGAGCUUUACAUGCCCCCCAUCCUAGUCAAGUUGAUUGACAACAGGCAGUUUGGGAGGAGGCCCGUGGUCGGCCAGUGCACCAUCCGCUCCCUUGAACAGUUCUACUGUGACCCCAACCAGGAGGCUGUACAGAAUAUUGAGAUCCAGACCGAUACACCGAACUCCUUACUCCCAGACGACAUCCUUAUCGACAUCGAUGAACAAGAACCUCUGCUCACAGGGCAGCAGGAUGAGUUCAUCGACUGGUGGGGCAAAUUCUACUCUUCGACGGGGGAGAUACACAAGUGUGGCACGUACCUGGAGAAAGGCUUCGACACGCUGGAGGUGUAUGAUAAGGAGCUGGAGCAAGUGACUGCUUUUCAGGGAUUGGCUGAUUUCUGCCGCACGUUCCAGCUUCAACGCGGCAAAUCCGGUGAUGAGACCGAGGACCCUACGGUGGUAGGCGAGUUCAAGGGUAAUUUUAAGAUCUACCCUCUACCGGAUGACCCCUCGCUGCCCACGCCUCCUCGUCAGUUCCUACAGGUCCCAACCAGCAGUCUCCAGGAGUGUGUGGUCAGAGUCUACGUCAUCAGGGCUUUCGGUCUCCAACCAAAGGACUCGAAUGGCAAGUGUGACCCCUAUGUGAAGAUCUCUCUGGGUAAGAAGUCAGUCAGUGACCAGGAGAAUUACAUCCCGUGCACAUUGGAGCCCGAUUUCGGAAGGCUGUAUGAGCUGACGGCUGUGCUGCCGAUCGACAAGGACCUGCGGGUGACGCUGUAUGACUAUGACAUGCUGUCCAAGGACCAGAAGAUCGGAGAGACCAUUAUCGACUUAGAAAACCGCUUUCUGUCUCGCUUCGAAGCCUGCUGUGGCCUCCCCCAGACCUACUGCACGUCGGGGAUAAACCAGUGGAGGGAGCCCCUCCGCCCCUCUCAGCGGCUGCGCCUGUUUGCCCAGCGCCGAGGUUAUCGACUUCCUGUGUAUCGGGACGGGAGUCUCACCUUCCGUGGAGAGGACUUCAACCUAGCUGAUCUCGAGGCGAGGAAGACCCCCAACCCUCACCUGGGUCCUCCGGAUGAGCGCCUGGCUCUGUACGUACUCCGCAAGCAAGGACUGAUCCCCGAACAUGUAGAGACAAGACCUCUUUACAGCCCCCUCCAGCCCGACAUCGAGCAGGGAAGGCUGCAGCUGUGGGUUGAUCUGUUCCCGAAGUCUCUUGGAUCCCCCGGACCCCCAUUCAACAUCACCCCUCGCAAGGCCAAAAAGUUCUACCUUCGCUGUAUAAUAUGGAACACGAACGAUGUGAUCCUCGAUGACACCAGUAUCACAGGCGAGAAAAUGAGUGACAUUUAUGUGAAAGGGUGGCUAGUUGGGCACGAGGGGAACAAGCAGAAGACAGACGUUCACUACAGGUCUCUGGGAGGAGAGGGUAACUUUAACUGGCGAUUUGUCUUCCCUUUUGACUACCUCCCCGCUGAGCAGGUCUGCUCUGUCUCUAAGAAGGACCGUUUCUGGAGUCUUGACAAAAUGGAGUGUAAAAUCGCUCCUCAGCUGAUCAUUCAGAUCUGGGACAACGACAGGUUUUCAUUUGAUGACUAUCUGGGCUGUAUCCAGAUGGACUUGAAUAAGAUGCCGCGGCCGGCCAAGUCCCCGGAGAAGUGCAGUGUGGAGCUGCUGGAGGAGAAUUUGCUGAAGGACAGAUGCGUGUCGCUGUUCGAGCAGAAAUCUGUGAAAGGCUGGUGGCCGUGCAUAGCCGAGGGAGACGGCAAGAGAAGCCUGGCUGGGAAGGUGGAGAUGACCCUGGAAAUGGUGUGUGAACAGGAGAGAGACGAGAAGCCGGCAGGACUGGGCCGGGACGAACCCAACAUGAACCCCAAACUGGAGGAACCCAAGCGCCCGGACACCUCGUUCCUCUGGUUCACGUCUCCUCUGAAAACACUGAAAUACAUUGUGUGGAGGAGGUUUCGCUGGCUGUUCCUUGCUCUUCUCGUCGCCUUCAUCGUCCUCAUGUUCAUCAUCGUCUUCCUCUACUCCUUUCCGGAAUAUGCUGCUAUGAAGCUGGUGAAGCCAUUUUAGGGGCCUGGGGCCAGGCUUGAUUUGGGGGGCCUUCUGGCCUCGGAUGGAGCAGAGACUCAGAUCGCUCAGAAAACCAGUGGCCUGGGAAUAAUGCAAAUCACAAACCCGAUGUUCCCGGCAUUCCCAGUGUUCCCAGCUGAGCCUAUGGCCUCCUCACCCAUCCCGGGGGCAUCACGUGGGUUCCACAGAAACCCAGCUUUUUAUGCAUACCGCUGACACUGUGUUUGUGUGUGUGUGUGUGACUGCACCCGUGUGUGUGUGUGUGUUUGGGUGUACAUGUGCGAGUAUGCACAUAUGUGAAUGUGCACGUGAGUAUCUGUGAAUGUGUGAGAGGGAGUGUAUGUGUAGCAGAAUGAGUGAG